AUCUACAUCUCACAAACAAUGCAAUUGACUAUCCUCUCUGUACUGGCCAGCUUGGCUCUCUUCACUCCGUCUGUGCUCACGCAGGGCGGCUUUUCGUCGACGUGCGACAAUUACUAUGUGACUGGUUCUGUCUUGUACGCAGACUGUGAAUCGGUCAGCGGCACAUACUAUGCUACUGAGGUUGACCUCGACUACUGCCUGGCCAACAACGGCGGCUCGCUCAUAUGCAGCUCUGGUGGCUCCUAUAGUUACACUUGCUCCGGGUGUUCGCUCGAGUCUGGCACCUACUUUGGUUGCAGCGCGUGUAGCGACUGUACCGAUUGCGGUACUUCGUCGACUGGUAUUGACCUGGACCAAUGUGUCAGCAAUGACGGCGGUUCUCUUUCUUGCACUUAAGUUGGAGCACAAGAACAUUUCAAAAUUUUGUUUCUGUUCAAAGGGCUUGUAUGAGGAUGUAUUUCAUGCGUUGUGACGAA